UCUCUAAAAUGAUAAUUAAAGAAAUCAUACGACUAUGAGGAACGGCUGGGGCUUGUUUAGUCUCGAGAAGAGGAGGCUCAGCGGGGGCCUUAUUGCUCUCUACAACUACCUGAAAGGAGAUUGUAGUGAGGUGGGGUUCAGUUUCUUCUACCGUGCCUGCGGUGAGAGGACCAGAGGAAAUGGCCUUAAGAGCACCCUGGCUUGUGAAGUGUUACCUGGUUAAACUGGAAUUGAAGCAGGACAACGCCAGCCCCUCCCGGUCCAAAAAAAAGGGCUCGCCUGCCGACUCUGCUUUCUCGGGAAAGAUGGGAAAGGGCUACAAAGUGGUGGUUUGUGGAAUGGCCUCAGUGGGAAAGACUGCGAUUUUGGAGCAGCUUCUCUAUGGAAAGCAUACUGUUGGCUUAGAAGAGGGUGCCACAAUGGAAGACGUGUAUUUGGCGUCGGUGGAGACAGACCGAGGCGUGAAGGAACAGUUACGGCUUUAUGACACCAGAGGUCUGCAGGAGGGCGUAGAAUUGCCAAAACACUAUUUCUCUGUUGCUGAUGGCUUUGUUCUGGUGUAUGCUGUGACCAGCCUUGAAGCCUUCCAAAGAGUUGAACUGCUCAAAAAGGAGAUCGAUGUCUCUAGGGACAAAAAGGAGGUAACAGUUAUUGUCUUGGGAAACAAAACUGACCUCCUGGACCAAAGGCAAGUGGAAACAGAAGCAGCACAGCAAUGGGCAAGGGCUGAGAAAGUGAGACUGUGGGAAGUGACUGUGACAGAUCGGAAAACACUGCUUGAACCCUUCACUUUCUUAGCUAGCAAACUGUCCCAGUCCCAGAACAAAUCAACCUUUCCCUUGCCUGGAAGGAAGAGCAAAGGGAAUAACUGUGAUAACUAGGCUAGCCUAGCAUUGUCUCCUGCUGCCAGGUCACAGUCUAAGUCCUUUUUGUGCCAUUUGCUUCUUGCAGUUUCACUUAAAGCAAUAAUCGCAUUCAGCAAUAAAAUCAGCAAGAUUAUAGCUAAGAGGUAUCCUUCCUUCUCACAGACUUGGCUUGAAAAAGUCACUGGUGGUAAAAAACCUAAAAAAGCUCUUCCUGAGAGCAGUUAUCUUGCAACAAGGGUUAUGAAGACAGAAGGGAUAGAUGGACACCUCUCUAUCAGGGGCUUUUACUAUGCCUGGAUGCAGCCAUGUUGAGGGACAAAUCAACAAGCUUACCAUUAAGCAAUGGCCUUGCAGAUCUGUAGCCUCUAGUCACAAAUAGUAUUAGCUGCAAUAAAGCAAUUUGGAGAGACAGUAUGUUUGAAAUUGCAGUAGUUCUUUUACCUUGACCUUAAAUAGGGCCACAAAGCAUACUGAUGCUGCAGAAGGCUGAGGUCAGUGUCUUGUUGCAGGAGAAGGGUAUGGGGAAGGAAAAUGAUUACCAGAUUUAGCCACUGAUAUUCUGCUAGUGUCUGGAAGGAAAAAAAAAAAAACAAAAUCAUACAAAAACACCCCUCACAUCUUCUGGGAAAUACUAGACCAGAUCUACCCUGACAUGAAGCUUGUCAACAAAGUCUGGCAAUCAGUGCUUCCAGCUCAAGAACUCAUUUGUACAAACCAGAAAAGCUCUCAGAGCACUCCUUAAUUUAACUGCGACCUGAUGGACAAGAUAGCUGUAUGUGGGUUUGUUCCAGCAUGUCCAGUACAAAUCAGUCACAGUCACAUAGGUGAUAAUUGUACUGAGAAAUUAUACAGAGCAAUUUUGUAUGCAGGAGGUACUGCCUGGGCUCUGCUUAGUGCAUUGCAUAACACUCCUACCCAGCUGCUCAGCCAAGCUGCAGCAAUCCACCCCCUGUACGAAGCUACAGGCCAGAUAAUAACUGGCCCAAAGUGCUGUACUGCUCCGUGAGAGCGGGCUAGGGAGUGUAGUGGGCUGCCUUUUGGGACUAUCCUCAUGGAAAACACCCAGAAAUACCUGUACCAAAGAGGUUUGGACUUAUCAUGCUGCACAUUGUCCAGCAGCAGGAGCACAACUGGAUGUGCUGUGUUAACUCAGUGCUGGUAAAGGUAAACCUGUGCUGCAGGAAUCUGCUGUCCUAGGUCAGCCUGUCAGUAAAGUUAACAAAAGGGACAGAAUGAGCAACUGUUCCCAGAGACAGUGGCCAGUUUUUGGCAUCUUAACAACCUCCUGUACUAAAAGAUGCUACCUUUUCUUUAUAUUUGAAGACGAGAGCAGGGAGAGGGAAUGAACCUAAAUACUCAGUUCCUGCAUUUUUCACUGCUGUUUUGAACAAAUACUGAGAAUUCCACUGUGAAUCAGCAAAACCACAAGCAAUAUUUGCAGUGUCAUAUCAUAACUGCUAAAUAGUGUGCUUAAUGAUCACAAUUAAGGUUACAGUAUUGCUCUUCCUGAAUACUGGUUAAUAAAGUCUGUCAGCAUUACUGAUGUCAGAGCAGUACAUUUCACUAAAAACGAAGCAGGUAUCCCUACCAUUAUAAUGAAGUAGACGAAACUGUUUAUGUGCUUUGCUCAAUAUAGUUUGGAUUGCUGUGGCCAAGGAGUAAGAUAAGAGAGCAAUUAUGAAUGAGCAAGCUCCUGCACUGCCCUGCUAGAAACAUACAAUUGUUUCCAUUGCAACACUGCAGCUGAGUAAGCACUACAGCAUGACCUCCUGCAACCUGGCUAGUAAUAGUCAUUGUCCCCAGUGAUGCUGCAGGACAACACCCACUACUCACUCAUUUCCUACUGAACACACGUGUACUCCAGGCUUCUCCCUGCCCAGAAGACUCCAUAUCUGUCUGCAUGCUUGGAAAGUAGAGGCAACUUCAGAGCAGCAGCAGUUCACCUCCUUGCUGCAACCUCUUACCAAGGAAUGGGUCACGUUCCCCUUCUUCAGCUCUGCAGAAUCCUUCUUCUAGAAGGGACUUGAAUCAGCUUUGGAUGAAUCAAAAUAUGUGAAGACAUCUACUAACAUCACAUCAUCACUGAAGCUCACCCUUGAGCAAAGGGAGUACAGGUUCACAAGUCCGAAUUAACUUAAAACGUGUGGAGAUGGAAAGAAUGGAGAUGACUGGUUCCUGUCCAGCUCUGCACGCCGCAGACUCAGUGCCAAUUCUACUGCCAAGACUGAUGUCACCUGUAGGCUGCCAGAGCUGUGCAGUGGAGCUUGCUCACCUGCUCCCCUGGACUUCCUGGACUUGACAAUAUUUUAAGACAAGCAAGACAAAAAGGAUCUUCUAAGUGACUAAGGCCAUUUUUUCAAAUAGGUUAUGUAAAGGCAAAUACAUUAUCUUUGAUUUGGUUAAUUCACUAGAAAUGAGUUUAGAUCAUUCAGUGCAUUCACAUAAAAAACCACCACCCACUGUUUUCUUUCAUAAGCUUCCUCUGAUGCUUUUUAAGCACUCAAAUAAUCUAUUCUAAAUACCAUAGCAUUUUAUUGACAAGUGAUGGAAAAUGUAGUGUCUCCUCUGCAAACAAUGUACAUACAGUGGCUGGUACUGAGUGAAAAUGAAACUUGCUGUAGUACAGUUUUGAUAGGGUUAAUAAGUAAAGUACAGAGUAGUUUAAAGGGCAGAACACGUAUUUUGUUCUUACUGUUCCACUGACUCAAACCCUGUUGUAGGUCACUGGGAUCACUUACCUUCUGCAAAGCUAGAGUCCCUUCAUGAGCUAAUGGGGAAAAAUUGCUAAAAAGAAGAAAAAUAAAUUAGUAAAUUGUACUAUCUUUCUCUGUUCUUCUUAAACCUCUAUCCUGCUGAAUACCCACUGUACAGAUCAGUCACCCUCACCAGCUACAACAGUUAAUUUGGCAUGUCCUGGUAGCACAAAGCAAGAAGCUGGCAAACACCUACUGAUAUUUAACCAUUUACAUCUUUACUCAGUAAAGGAGAGGAGGGAAAGAUGACCAGAGAUGCUCCUGGUGUGCUGUAGCUAUAUACCAAACAGCCAAACAGCUGAGAGGGCUCAUACACCUAAACAUACACUGUGUCAAAAGACUGCAGUUCAGCUGAUGAGGCUAAGGUACUACUACCCACAGCCACCCAGCAAAGGAAAGGGCACCUCUAAUUAACAGCUUACUUUGGACCAAGUUAGACUGGCUCUGUAUCUAGAUAGGAAGAGAAGUAUGUAAAUAAAAUAUAUAUGGAAUUUAUUUUAAAGUACCAACCCAAAUCUGAGAGUGCAGAUGACCACGUGGCACCCAGAAGAAUUUCACAAGGUGAAGUACUUGCCAUGUGAAAAUGAAUCUGUGCUUCCGGCCUUUACCUUAAGGGAGUGGUCUAAAAUGCCAUAUCCACAACUAACUGCCCUGUUGCUACACACCUCAGUGUAAACACCAUGUCUCUAGGAGAUAAUCUUUAUAGGUAGUUAAAGGAUCUACAGAUUAAGUCUCCUUUACAGUGUCUCCUGCUAGCUUACCAGGACAUGAUUCCUUCUCCUCUUCCAAGGCCAAACAGACCACUCCAUCAGAAAAGCAUCAAGAUAUUUUUUUCUUCCUUUUACCUCCUGCCUCUUUCCCUUCUAGAUUGCUUACACUUUUCCAGUUGUACUUUCACAAAACAUGCCACUCCUGAAGAGGCAAUGCUGUGAAAACUUCCACUAAAAAGUAACUAUCAUGGAUUCUGUGGUAUGUUACCUCCUCAUGGCCAUGCCCCUGCACAACACUUAGGCAGUGAACAGUUGCAAAGGUCUUAUGCUGUCAUUCAUUGUAUGGUUGUCUAGAACUGUCUUCCCAAAAUAGCAGCAGUCAGUGCACUCACCUGCAGAUCUCCCUUGCCUUAACCAUACUGUAAUCAUCAAAGAGUACUGGGAGACACUAUUCUGGUAAAAUGGGAAAGCAAGGGACUAAGCAGAAAUAUUUUCUUUUUUUUUUUUUUAAACAUCUUUUUAUUAGCACAGUAACAAAUGCAGACUUAAGUAGCCCACAACAUACAACCAAUCCACUGAGUGACUCCUAUUCCACACCUUACAGUUAAACAGCUUAAGGUAUUUCACUACAGGUUACCAUAAGUCCUGAUUAAACCCUUUAUUCUUUUCACAAAGAUAGAUUGGCUUAUAAAAUAAUACAUUAACUACUUCUCCUUUCAUAUAUGAGGCCAUAUAUCCACCUCUCCAUAUCACAGAUCAUGAGAUGACAGUCUUUAAAAAGGAUUUUUUAAAUACCAAUGUGACCUCCCAUAGGGGAAAACAAUGCUGACAUCUUUUUACAAAACAAAAACCCAAAACCAAAACCAACCCAGAACAAAAUAAAUCCCCCAAAACAAACAAAAAGCAAAAACAGUGUGUAGAGUCUUGAAAGGACUUUUACAUAAACGUCAACCUAUGUACCUGUACAAAAUUAAGCUGUUUUAAUCUUUUACAUAUUGCAAGCAAACUGAAAACCAAAGAAGUCUAAGAAGUUUACAUUCUUCUCGGUACUAUAUGUGAGCUAAUAUUGCUGAACUAAUUACAGUCUUAAAGUAUGCUAUUCCCAAUCCUAGCUGUCUACUGUAGCAAGAUACCUUAAGUUACAACAACAAAAUCUUAGGAAAUAAAAGACUGAAUAAAAUCUGUUAUAGAAAUACCCUACUCUUUACCAGCACCCUCCCUCCCCCCACCCCUUCAAAUUCAUAAGCAGCUCUUUCCAUCACAGACGAAUAAUGUAAGAGUUUGACGAAAAUCCAAUUUAUGUAGCGUAUCUUUUGGUCCAUUGUCUGGCCAUUCUGUCAUGCUCUGCUCUGUUAGUCAUAUACUGAGUGGCAAUGCUUCCAACCAGGGGGUCAGCUGAAAAGGAAAUACACUGCUUAUUUUAGAUGAGUUACCAAAUAAAAACUUUAAAAUAAAA